AAAGUAGCUUUAGUUAAAAUGGAUUUUAACCCUAUUAUUGUUUCAUAAUAUUUAAUCGACCAUCUUUGCACGAACAUUUUAGCUAGGGUGUUUAAAGAGCAAAUACAUUUGAUCACAGAAAGGCCACUCUUUCUUGUUUAUUCUUCUUUAAAACUAAAAGGCAGGCUUGCAUAUAACCCUUUGUUUUUGAAUACUUAAGCUUUUGAUGAAUCAAUAUGCUGUCAUAUAAAUAAGGAGAAACAACUGCAUAAAGAAAAGGAUAAACUACAGGUUGACUACGGUGUACAAAAUGUUCCUCCAUAGUCCAUUCAUGUUGGUUUUGUUGGGGAUCUUACUUGAUCCGACUGUAGGCGGAAUGUUGCAUUUCUCGUCAUCCCCUGAAUACGUAGGGCUUUCCGUGAUGACAAAUAACGGCACUGACGACGUUUUGUUUGACGAAAGAAUGGCUGAUCUUGGAGAAUGUGCUAAAGAGUGUACAGCCUUCUCCUGUCUGUCGUUUACAUAUAACUGGAUCUCGGGAAACUGUCAGGGUUAUUCUGAAAUCUACAGCACAAUUGAACCGUUUCGUGAAGACCAUGGUUCACAGUAUUAUCAAAGCAACUUUUACGCCGCACCUACCAGCACCACUGAAGAGUCAGAAUGGGGGAAGUGGAUGGACAAAAUUCAAGAUAAAACGGCCUUUUAAAAGUGAAAUUAAAAUUUAAAUACACUAAUUAUGCAUAUUCCACAUCUUGAAUACUUUAUUCAAGAUAAUAAGGAAGUGUUGUCUUGUAAGAUUAAGUCUUUUCCGGCGAUAUAACCUUUUUUAUUAAAAAAAAUCCGAAUAGAACAAUAAUUAGGGUUUUGGAGGUUUUGUUUUGAACAAUGUAGAAUGCACUUUUUCAUGAACAAAACUUAAAUCAACAAUUUUGUUAUAACCAUAAUAUUCCCUUUUACCAAAUUGUUCAAACCUGACAUCCAUGUGAUUUUGUACUAAUAUGCCAUGAUUAAAACAUAGAGGAAAUAUUCUGAACAAAGUUUAAUUUUUAUUGUAAUCGUACAAAAUAAUACCAUUCUCUAUCGUUUUCUGUACAAAAUGAUGAAUGUGCAAGCAUUUCGAACGAUGCCUUUGUGCAUGCUUUUUCAUGACGCAGUGUGGACUAAUAGGACCAAUGCAAAAACAAACUUUGUUAAUCUAAACAUGCUUCAUUGUCUUGACAAGUGUUCCUUUGUUCAAUAUAUAGUUUAUUUAGAUCACUAACACAUCAUCACACCAUCGAUUUUACGUAUUAUUGCACUAUAGACCGUUUUGAGCAUAAAAAAAAGCGUCCGAUAGUUUCUAACAUGCACGUUUAUCUUUUUGAUCCUAUUUAAAAGUUUUAGAAUGUAAACAUAAUGUUUUUGGGGAUUUCAUAUUGUAUUCUGUACAUAAUUAGCAUUCAUUACCAUUAUGUAUUCAAAGCAGAACAACACUUUUGAGACGA